GUUGGUGUCUGCUGUAGAGAGACCCUAGAUGGAGAAGAACCUGGGUCUUAACAGAGAUGACGUUUGCUGCACAGGAGUUGAUAGGUGGUGUCAUGCAGACUUUGUCCUUCAUCCAGCAGUGGGAGAGCCCGGGGACUGAGGCCUGGGUGGGGGAGAGGGGCACCCCUGCUUUGAUGCUGGAAGGAGGAAACUUACGCCAAAUAAUCAAGAUUGGAGUUCACCCUAAUUGUCUCUUGUCUGCAGGGGAACCAGGGACCAGGUCAGGAGUGGUUCUGGGGGCCGUCACCGGAGCUGGUGUCACUGCACUGCUUGCUCUCUGCCUCUUCCUCAUCUACCUCAUAGUGAAGACCCGCAGGAAGAAAGCAGCCAAGACAGCCAUGGGUGUGGACGACAUCCAUCCUCCCGUCGGGCCACCUCCCAUGGGUGCCCUAAUUGAACCCCAGCCAGGCAGCCUCACAGACCACCCUCCUCCAACUCUGACUGUCUGCUCCUCAGGAGAGAAAGAAGAGGUUCACUAUGCAAUGCUCAGAUUUCAAAAGAGGCAGCCUGGAAACCCGCAGAAACAGCAGGUCCCUGAUAAUAAGUACUCAGAAGUCAACAUAUCCAAUUGAGAAGCUGCAGAGACUUGGCCCUGGCUUGAUGAUGGUGGCCCCCAUCAGGGCAAAGAGGAGAAACAGGGGUGGGUUCCUGUAAAAUGAGAAGAUCGCUAGGUGAUGAGUUCAAAGUAUAGGGAAAGAUCACAGGCUUUGGAACCAAAGAGUAGUGAGUUCAAAUCCACACUCUGCCCCUUUACUAAGUGAUAGGCCAAUCCCUACCUCUCUGUGCCUCAGUUUCCUGCCCUAUGAAACAAAUUGAGAAGCCCUGCUUGCAAGUUUGUGGUGAGAAUUGUGGGAGUGAUAUUGUAUCUGAGCACCUGGCUCAAUGCGUAUGCUGGGCACAUACUGAAUCUCUGUGCUUUGAACAGAAAGUUCCUAUUGGCAAUUUCUCUUGAUGCUGGAGGUGACCAGCAUCAGACCUCAGUUCUUGCAGCUGAGGUCCCUCCUCCUGGAAUGCCCCACCUGGCCUUCCUCUGCCUCUGUCUUUGAAAGUGGAAUUCAAGGGGUAGACUUCUGGGUGGAGAUGGGAGUCAAGCAGAAGCUCAUGACUUCUUCCCAUAAAGACAAACCAAAUGAAUGAGAAAGGUUCCCAAAUGAUCACAGGACCAUCUGAUGAAUGAAACAUGAUCCCAAAUUCACCUGCAGCUACCAGGUGAGGGAAGGAGUAUGUCACAGCAGUCGCUUCCUAAAGUAGCCUUGAUGGAAAGAAAUACAUGGACUGGACCUGGCAUUAACAUUCCCUAAAUCUGUGCUGCAGCUCAUUUAUAACAGCACCAAAAGUCAUCACGUGCCAAGGAACAUUU